AUGGUCGGCCAAGAACCCAUCCUGUUUGGCGGUACCAUCGGCCAAAACAUCUCCUACGGCAAAGACGGUGCCACGCAGCAGGAAAUCAUCGAUGCCGCCAAGGUUGCCAAUGCCCACGACUUUAUCAUCAACCUGCCCAACGGCUACGACACCCAGUGCGGUGAAAAGUACACCCAACUGUCUGGUGGCCAAAAGCAGCGUAUCGCCAUUGCCCGUGCCGUCAUCCGUAACCCUCGUAUCCUCUUGCUCGACGAGGCCACCUCGGCACUCGACAAUGAGUCGGAAAAGCUCGUGUCACAGGCCCUCGAAGCCAUCACCAAGGGCAGAACCACCCUCGUCAUUGCCCACAAACUCUCCACCAUCCAGAAUGCAGAUACCAUUGCCUUUGUAAAAGGAGGUCAAAUCAUCGAACGUGGUAGUCACGAAGAAUUACUUGAACAAGAAGGUCCUUAUUAUCAAUUAAUCCAAAGACAAAAGUUAUAA